AUGAAGUCGUUUUCGAGUUCUGCUAUCAAUAAGUCGGGCAAGAAAUUUGCGCCGAAGGCGCCUGUUCGUCGCGCGCCUGCCGCGCCGGCGCGGCGACCCAGUGCCGCUCAACAAGCCCAAGCCCAAGCUGCCCAAGCUUCACAGGCAAUUGAACAGGAGAAAGAAAGUCCGGAGGCGACUAUCGUUGAACCGCCCGUUCCCCCACCAUCCGCCUCGCAAGCCGUACCCGAGAAAUCAACCGUUAUCGAAGAAACAACCGUCGCCGCACCCCAGCCUCUAAAGACAGUGCAAACAGUGCCGAAGCCGGUCACAUCUAUUCCAACCCCUCAACCCAAAAUCAAAGUUCCCGUCUCGGUACCAAGUCCUGUGCCAAAUCCUUCAGUCACCUAUACAGCAACCCCGCCCUCCACCGUCGAUGAACCAACAUCUCCCCGCACUCUCACUACGGAACCAACUAUCGUGCAGUCUAUUGAACAUGACGUUGAACAGACUGCCACGAAUCAGCCCGCCUUGGAAGCGGCACAUCUCACAGAUACCGUCACCAUCGAUGCACCCCCUGCUCAAGACUCGGGUGCUGAGUCCCAGGCAACACCUCCUAUCUCAUUGAAGGGGGCAAAGAAAAGCUCUGAAAUCACCAAGACGAAGAUUCAGCCACGCCCCAGGGGACCUAUCGCAACUCCUCCGUCUACCCGGCGUACCAGUGACACCCCAGCGCAUUCCGUGGCGGCUUCUUCCGUAGCACUCUCAACCCCAGAGCCAAGUCGGGCAUCGGCAAAGGGAAAGCGCAAGGCUUCAAAAGCAGGAACGUCUGACGUCGAUGGCGCCGAAAAGCCGAAAAAGAUUCGCCGACGAAAGCGUGAAACUACGCCUGAAGGUGCAGACACGGUGGAAAUUCUACCGAACGUUAUCAAGAUGUCAGAACUAUGCAAGGAUUUGAAGACAGGCAAAAAGUCGAACCGUGAGAUUGCAUUACGAAAACUAGAGCUGGAAGAGCAAGAGCGGAAGCAGAAGGAAAAGGAUGGAACACCUGCAACGCCUCAGACCUCCAAAGCAGAGGCUAGCAAAGAGCCGGAGAGACCUGAGAAGGCAACUGGCCCUGUCAUGCGUAUUGUCAACGGUGAAAUUGUGCUUGAUGCAGCCUCACUUCAGGUAGAUCGACAUGCGGAUGCAGCUCGGGACGCCGGAGAUAUGGACGUCGUGGAGGAAAACCAACUCACCCGGAAAAUUAAUCAGGCCACUUAUGGCAAGCGAUCAAAGACGGAAACUUGGGAUGAGGAGAUGACAGAUCUGUUCUACCGUGGCCUCCGCAUGUUCGGCACCGAUUUCAUGGUCAUUAGCAAGCUUUUCCCUGGGCGAUCCCGCCGGCAAAUCAAGCUUAAGUACAACAACGAAGAGAGAAAGGAUGCUCAGCGGAUCAAUGACGCUUUGUUUGGCCCCCGUGAGAUCAUCGAUAUUGAAGCAUACUCGCUGUUGACCAAUGAAACAUAUGAUGAUCCCAAGGUCAUCCAACAAGAGCUGGAUGACGAGAAGGCGAAGAUUGAAGAGCAGCACGAGAAAGAGAAAAAACUACAAGAAGAGAUGAUUCGCAAUCCUACCAACGCCGAAGGGGAGGCUGAUGAUAAAGCCAACGCUGCACCCAUCAAGGGCAAGCGCAACAGCAAGAAGCAGAUCAAGAGUGCAGGUGGUGGGACAGAGGAGGUGCUGGGGUCCAUCGAUGAUUAG